AUGGUUUCGCAGGAACAUUUUGAAGAAUAUCUCGCGGCUUUGGAUGUUAAUUAUGCAUUAAGGAAAGUCGUCUGCAUUCUGAAACCCAGCAAACAUAUUGAACACGAUGUGAACACUGGAAAAAUGAAGAUUAAGACAGUCACCACCUUUAAGAACUUUGACAUGGACUUCACUUUGGGACAGGAGUUCACUGAGGACCUGGGACCAGUCGAUGGGCGAAAGUGCCAGACCACAGUGAAUUGGGAUGGUGAUAAAUUGAUCUGCGUGCAGCGAGGAGAGAAAGAGGGCAGAGGCUGGACACACUGGCUAGAAGGAAACCUCCUCCAUUUGGAGAUGUAAACUUUGGAUGUCACUGCCAAGCAAGUCUUUAAGAAGGCUGAGUGAGGAUGGAGAGAAGAGAGAGAGAAAUAGAGGGGCCAUUUGUUGGGGGUUUUGAGCUCAGAUUGUUCUUAGCGCUCAGGGUUCAGAAAGAGGCCAUAUCGCAACAGUGAUUUGUCCCUGAGCUGCAACAAAUAGUGUUUAAAUGGAGACUACAAAUGAAGAAAUUGGUUCAAAGUUUAAAUGCAAAGGUUAAAUGAGAUCACGACAAUAGAGCCCUGUUGCCCUCUGUGAACAUUCAUGAAUGGUACUGUAAAAUAUGGAUCAGGCUAGAUUCAUGGCACCCUAAUAUUGUAUUAUGCAGAUAUGUUUACAGUAAGCAGAAGUAAUGAUUAAAUCAGUCAGUGGUUUAGCUAGUCAAGUGCAACUUGAAUGCUUGAUUCCUAAAUUCUAUUUAAUGUCUAGUGUCCUGCUAUUGGAUUGGUAAAUAAUGGAUUUGAUAAAUCUGUGUGAUAGCAUUUUAAUUAAAUGCAGUAGUCAAACAUUGUCUAAAAGUUUUGAAAUACCUGUGGUCUGAAAUAUGUAGAUUUGUCCACUCUAAAAUAUAACCAUUUAUAUUAC